AUGAUAGUUUCCAAGCAACAACAGCACUCUCAAACCUUUUCAUUCAAGACGAAAGAUCAUAAUCAAACGGAUAAUGCUUCCUCCAUGCAAUUCCUUCCAAUGAUCCGAUCAUUCUUCUAUGGAGUUAUUACAUUAUCCUAUUCUGUUACCUUGUAUCCUUUCGUACGUCUGUUCCAAUGGUGGUUCUCAAUUGUAAAGUACUUGUUAUUCGAAAUUCCGAAAAUGAUUACCAAGAAGGCAAGUCAAUUCAUGAUGAGAUAUCAAUGGUUUGGAAAUAUUACAUUACCAAUUAUCAAAUUAAUAUUUGUUGACUUGUUGAGAAUUCCAGACAAGGAUGUUUCCAAUUAUUUGAGAAUUGAUGUUUCAAGGUUGAGAGCACAAGAUACUCACAAAGCAAAGAAUGUCAUUGAUAAUAUCACUAAUAAGGUAACUCCUGUGGUUAAUAAGGUUUCAGAUAAGGUUUCUUCCAGUGUUGAAAAGAUUAUUCCUAAACAAUUGAUUCCUCCAACUUUACAAAAGAUUAUCGUCCCAGAACAAGAGCAAUCCAUUUCUAAGGAUCAAGAAAAGUUACAAAAGCAAAUUGAUACUUUGAAUUUGGUCAUUUCCAAGCAAAAAUCCAAAAUUGAGAAACUCCAAAAAAGUCAAGAUAACAAAACCAAAGUUGAUUUGGAAAAGCUUGAAUCCAUGAGAAAGGAAAGAGAUGCUCUCGUUCAUGAAAAGAAUCGCCUCGAACAUACCACUUUGACUCAACUCCAAAUGAUGCAAGAAGUUCAAGUCAUGUUAAAUAAUCAAGCAAAGAAAAUCCAUGAAUUUGAGGCAUUGAAGGAGAAUCUCAAUGGUCAAGUUCACACUUUACAAAGUGAGAAUCAAGUAUUGAAGACUGAAAUAUUGAAAGAAAAGGAAAGGAUUAGAAAGUUCAACUCUGAAUUCGAUCGUUGGAAUAAUUUAAAGCAGAAUCUCGAAGAUCAAAUCAUCUUGCUCAACAGAGAUUUGCAAUCUGUAAAUGAAGAUAAUCUCAAGCUGAAGGAGAAAAACUAUUCUCUCGAAAAGGGACAGAAGGAACACACUCAAAGGUUGGAUGCAUUUGAGAAGAUUAAGCAUGAUUUCCAUGAUAUUUCCAUCAAGUUAUCUCAAAAGGAAGAUGAAAUUGAUCGCUUGAAUGAUUCAGUUAAGGAUAAGACUAGAGAGAAUGAAUUGUUAAAGAAUCAGGUUGGCGAUUUGGACUCUGAAUUGAGAAAGAUUUCACUUGAUUAUUCCAAAUUGAAGAAGCAACAAUCUCAAGUUCCACAAAAGUCAGUUCAAAAGCAAGAACAGGUGAUUGAGAAGCAACAACCAGUUCAAAGCGUCACUCCAAAGAAGGAUGAAAUCAAGGAACAACGAGACAAACUAGGUAGUGUCGAUAAGAAGGAUUUACCAGCAGAUGCUGGCUCUCAAGAAGCUGCAGUGAUGGAAAUGGACAGUGACAGAGUAAGCAAAUCGAAAAUUCCUGAGAAAUCAGAUAAAUCCAAAGGUGUUUCCAAGCAAGCCAUUCCAUCAGAAAAGCAAGUUGAGAAGAAGGAACCAUUCUAUGAUAAAAAUCUAGAAAAGAAAAAGAAAACCAAGGUUGUCGAACAAGUCAAACCAAAGGUCCAAGCUCAGCAACACCACGAAAAGGAAACCUACAUGACUCCUUCAUGGGAAGAAGAAACCAUCAUUGAAGCUAACAAGCCACUCACAAGGAGAAAAUCCCAGCAACAACUCAAGGAAGGUGAAGAAUCUCAAGUCUACCAAGUUAGUGAUAGUUACGUUGAAGAGUUGAAUUACAUGCUCGAUGAUAUUGAAAAGGGAGAAAUUGAGAAUGUCCAAUUCCAAUCCAUCAUUUCCAAUCCAAAGAUUAAUGGAAGUUUAUCCAAGUUGGAUCCUGAACAAGUGGAUGAUUUACUCGAUGUUCUGGAAAAGAGUGAUAAUGUAUCCUUUGUAGACUUUUCUAAUUGUGGUAUGGACAAUUCACUCACUCAAAAGAUUCUUCACUCCUUGUCCAAGAAUAAUUCGAUUGAGGUUGUGGAUUUGGCAACCAAUUGUGUCGAACCUAAUCAACUUGUGGAUAACGUUGUUGAAUUUAUUGAGAGUAAUCACGCUUGUAACAAGUUACUGAUGAAGGAUUGGAAAUUCUCAGAUGAAAAUUUGUCCAAGAUUCUCCAUUCAAUCGAAUUGAAGAACAAGUCAAUUGUAGAUUUGAAACUGGACGAUUCUGAAAAUAGUGAGGAAAAUCACAAAUUGUUGCAUCAAGUGAUCCAUAACAACAUUCUUGCCAAGUAA